ACUUCCAUAGAUAUUAAGGGAGGAGAACGUUUCGAGGAACGACCGGAGUGAAGCCUUGACGACAUCACUGCUGCAGCCUAGACAUUGAGAAGCCCAAUUCGAUUGAAACGCUGCUCUUUUUGGCGCGAGGUCAUCUUCGGAAUUUCUUCAAGUGGCCUACAGUACAGUGUGGUGAGUUACCUGCCCAUUCCUAGCAAUGCCGCCUCCUUGCUCUCUCCUGUGCCACCUGGCCACGCUUCUCUGUGUGUGGGCACUUUGCCAGGCCCAGUUGGAUACCAAACUACCCCCUGGCACACCCAUCAUCCAGCUGCGUCUGGCAGGGGACAAACACAAGCACUACGAGGGCCGGGUUGAAGUCUACUAUAAUGGAGAGUGGGGCACGGUGUGCGACGAUGACUUCUCCAUCCAUGCAGCCAACGUCGUGUGCAGGGAGCUGGGCUAUGUGGAGGCUGUAUCCUGGUCUCCUUCUUCCAAGUAUGGCAAGGGAGAAGGUCGGAUCUGGUUGGACAACGUCCACUGUUCGGGAUUAGAGAGAACCCUGGCCCAGUGUGAGUCCAAUGGCUUUGGAGUUUCCGACUGCAAACACUCUGAGGACGUGGGAGUGGUGUGUAGCCAGAGACGAAUCGCCGGCUUCAAAUUCAUCAGUACCCUGACCAACAAUGUGGAAAGUCUGAAUGUCCAGGUGGAAGAUGUGCGUAUCCGGGCCAUCUCCUCACAGCGUAAAAGGGUUCCCAUGACAGAGGGCUACCUGGAGGUGAAGGACGGGGGGAAGUGGAGACAGAUCUGUGACUUGGAGUGGACUCAGAUGAACAGCCGGGUCAUCUGUGGGAUGUACGGCUUCCCUGGAGAGAAAAGAUACAACACUAAAGUCUACAAGCUGCUGUCCAAGCGCAGGAAGAAGAACUACUGGGGCUUCGGAGUGAACUGCACGGGGAACGAGGCCAGCCUGCAUGGCUGUAAGCUGGGCCACAAGGUGGAGCUGAGGGGGAAUGCCACCUGUGAGAAGGGCUUGCCCGUGGUGGUCAACUGUGUUCCAGGACGGGCCUUUGCUCCCAGCCACGCCCAGGGCUUCAGCAAGGCCUACAGGGUGGAGCAACCCCUGGUGCGCCUGAGAGGCGGGGCCAACAUAGGGGAAGGGCGAGUGGAAGUGCUGAAAAAUGGUGAAUGGGGCACCGUCUGCGAUGACAGCUGGAACCUGGAGGCAGCCACCGUGGUGUGUCGAGAACUGGGCUUCGGUAGUGCCAAGGAGGCCCUCGCUGGAGGCAAACUGGGACAAGGAAUGGGCCCGGUCCAUAUGAAUGAGGUGAAGUGUUCUGGCUUUGAGAAAUCCCUCACUGAGUGUUACUUCAAUAGAGAUGCCCUGGGCUGCAGUCACGAGGAAGACGCUGCAGUUCGAUGUAAUGUUCCUGCCAUGGGCUUCCAGAACAGACUGCGUCUGAGCGGUGGGCGGAACCCAUUUGAAGGGCGUGUGGAGGUGCUGGCGGAGAAGAACGGCUCGUUGGUGUGGGGUACGGUGUGCAGUGACAGCUGGGGUACCAUAGAGGCUACAGUCGUGUGCAGACAGCUGGGUCUCGGUUUUGCCAACAACGCCUUCCAGGAGACGUGGUACUGGCCAGGAGACGUGAGUGCUGAUGACGUGGUGAUGAGCGGGGUCAGGUGCUCGGGGACAGAGAUGACUCUGGCCCAGUGCCUCCAUCAUGGGAAACACCUCGACUGCCCCCGAGGGGGAGGACGCUUCGCUGCUGGAGUCUCCUGCUCUGAGACGGCCCCAGACUUGGUUCUAAACGCCCAGGUGGUGGAACACACCACGUACCUGGAGGACCGGCCCAUGUACAUACUGCAGUGUGCCAACGAGGAGCACUGUCUGUCCAGCAGCGCCGCCGCCGCCACAUCGUCCUCCUACCGCCGCCUGCUGCGCUUCUCCUCCCAGAUACACAACAACGGACUGACAGACUUUCGCCCCAGGGCCGCACACAACUCCUGGAUCUGGCACGAGUGCCACAGGCACUACCACAGCAUGGAGGUGUUCACCCACUAUGACCUACUGAGCCUCAACGGCACCAAGGUGGCAGAGGGACACAAGGCCAGCUUCUGUCUGGAGGACACCCAAUGUGAAGAGGGUAUUGAGAAGAGGUACGAGUGUGCUAACUUCGGGCAGCAGGGCAUCACUGUUGGGUGCUGGGAUACGUACAGACACGACAUCGACUGUCAGUGGAUAGAUGUGACAGACGUUGUGCCAGGAGACUACAUCUUCCAGGUUGUGAUCAACCCAAACUUUGAGGUAGCAGAGUCCGACUACACCAACAACGUUAUGAAGUGCAGGUGUCGAUACGACGGCCACAGGAUAUGGAUGUACAACUGUUAUAUAGGUGGCUCAGUGAGCUCCGAGUCAGAGGAAUCCUCUUUCAGUGGCCUCAUGAAUAACCAGCUGGGACACAGGUAGUGUGGACGGACUCAAUGGAAAGACCAGGAGGAACAUUUUAUUUAGCGAAACUGAUGAAUGACCAGCAAGACUGUUGUGAAAUUACCAACCGCGAGAGGGAGCGCUGUGCCGUCUGUUCCCUCCCUAACGGUGCUGGAUGAAAAUUGAAAAGCAAAGCUCACCUCAGUGCCAACGUUUUAUAUAAGGACAUUGCAGACGAAAAAAAAACCUGUUUUAAAGAUCCAGCUUGAAGAAGCAACUCUGUCUUUACUGUUCUCACAAAUUUCUGUCACAUGUACAGCAGAGUGCUGGUGCUAUCAAAUCAGAGCUAUUUAGUUACAUGUACCCAACCUUUGUGGUCCACCGUAAGGAAAGAAAGUGAUAUUUUUCGACACCUGCUGCACUUUGAGACAGUGUCCUGUAUUGUUUAUUUAAUUGUUUUUAGGACAGUGUGUUGAGCAGGCAAUUAACUAUGCACCUAUGAACACCAUCGUAAAGCUGUUUCUCUGGAUCCCCCCCUCCCUCCGCAAUGAGAUUGACCCUUUUUUCUGUUCAAUCCCUUAAGAACGGUUGUCUGCUAAAGAUGAUAACCUAUUUGCAUCUGUCAAUGUAUUGUCGGUCCAGUAUGCAGACACCCUGUCCCCAGAGUAGUGCUGAGCGAUUAACUGAAAUGUGUUAUUUUUCUUUUUUUAAACAACAACAACUGACGUUGAAUCAAUGAUUUGUAUUUCAUUUAGUUCCAUUCUGUUUCCUGUAAGCUCAAUGCACACAGUUUCUCUAAAGAUAAAUCAGAUCCGUUCUGUUACCUGUAAGCUCAAUGCACACAGUUUCUCUAAAGAUAAAUCAGAUCCGUUCUGUUACCUGUAAGCUCAAUGCACACAGUUUCUCUAAAGAUAAAUCAGAUCCGUUCUGUUUCCUGUAAGCUCAAUGCACACAGUUUCUCUAAAGAUAAAUCAGAUCCGUUCUGUUUCCUGUAAGCUCAAUGCACACAGUUUCUCUAAAGAUAAAUCAGAUCCGUUCUGUGUUUCUGUUAUGACUGCUACACAAGAGAGAAGAAUGCGAUCAUUAAGGGAUAUAGAGAGUAGCUGUUGUUCCGUGAGGUAAACACAUGAUCUAAGUGGUUGAUAGUUGGUAUUCAGCAGUCAUAAAAGUGUGCCUCAUUUCAUUUGAAGAACUGCAAAAUAGUGAUUUCUUUUCAGACAGCAUUAGGCAGCAGCUCUUUAGAGAUGAGAUGACUUGGAAUUAAAUAAUAAAUACAUGUAAUAUACACCGCAACUGAAAUAUUUUAUUAAAGUAAUGUGAAUAAAUGAUGGUUAGUAAUUGAUAAGCAGUAAUGGGCAGUCUACCAUCAUGGGACUUUUAUUCAUUGUUUUAUUCUGUGUAACAGCAUUCAACCCACAAUGCAUAUUGCAUUGAAUGUUUUUUUUUAAAUUAGCAAAACUGUGAUUAUUUUUUUGAAAUAAUUUAACCGAAACCGAACAGACCUCCAAAAUCACUAAUCGCUCACCACUAUCCCAGAGCUUCAAAUACAGCAGUUCUGUAACAACUGCCUUCUGCCCAGUUUCCCCUGAUGUCGCCACGACAAUCAAGAUUUAUUUUUACCAUCCCUGUAACUGUCGCUUCUGCGGAGAUUGUUUUCUAAACUAAAACUCAUAGAACUACCUAAGAAGCAUUAGACUUGUUGGAGGGUUACUGUCAAAACUAUUUAUUCAAUAAAUAACUAAAUAAAUAAAUAAAUAGACAUGGAUGACAGACACAUGGGCCACCAGUGCACGUGCCUAUGAAGUGGGGGUGGGGAAAGUAGCAGAAUAGUCUUACAUCCACGGAGAAUAUUACUAGCGAGUCUGUGGCGUGAUAAUGUGGUAGAAGCCAUUGUGAAUAUAAAAUAAGGAAGGACUGAUUGUUUUCUUGCUGUACGGUAAUCACUAAGGAUAUGGCAGUAUUAUUACAACCAUACAGCUACCACUAAGGAGAAACUUCCCCCCCCUCUGAUCAAACCUGCAUUUUUACGUCUCUAAAGAGGCAAUGAGCAUUUAAGGCAGAAUCCCCAAGUUAAAAUGUACACAAACUUUUGUCCAAAUUGGCGACAAACAGCAUGAUUUAGGUGAGAGGGAGUUAGUUAUUCAUGUAAUUUGUGUUGGGAUUCUGCCUCAAGUUAACAGUGUAUCUUGCUUCACCUAAUAUCAACUCUGGCAAUAUAUUUAAUAACUUUCAUCUUAGGAUUCUAAGAUACAUAUACAUUUUAGUCUUAUCACCAUAUUCUGCUCAGCUUAGUUCAUUUUUCAAACAUCCAUUAAAUUAAAUUAUUACCGUCAGGGACUCUUAUGUUUGUUUUCUCAAUUGUACAAGUCACAAAUGACAUGUGAAAAUGCAUCUUUGCAUUCUAUUUUUGUGACACUUCAACUACAGGGCCCUUUAUUUUACAAGGGUGCUCUUUACUAGAUGGGUGAUUAUCCUAUACUGUAUACACAGUUGAAUGUUUUAAAGCAUUUUGUGCUUGCUUCAUAUUUUCUCUAAUAAAAAUAAACAAGCAAACCAUGA